UCAGGCAGAGAACGCGCGUGUGACGUCACGAGCCUUCCCCGCCAGUCAAAUGAGAGAUUCUCCUCUGCCAGACGGCCGUAUUUACAAACGUUCGCGCGUGAUAAGAGCAGAUGGUCGGAGUGCUUCCUGUUCGGUCACAAGAAAAGGACGAUCUAAAAGACCCCUUCUGCAGCCAUGGUGCCUUCAAAAGUAGACAGAACAAUCUCCUUGAUCCUUGCCGCUAUCUGCCUCAUCUGUUGUGCCCACCUCUUGCUCGGUCUGGCGUGGACCUCGGAGUCCGGCUCCCGCGGUGGGCCUGGACUUCGGCCCAGGCGGGCCAGCGUGGUCCAGGUGCGCGGCAGAAACUACCACGUCCACCUGGGCGAGCCUGUCGACCUCCAGCACAGGAAGCUGCUGGACGUUCGACUGAGAAACAAUCAGUUAGCCAAGCCCCAUUUCAUAUCAAGAAGACGAAUACUUAGUGAUGGUACGGCAGCCAGCUCAGACUACCUCGGCCGCGACCAUGAGGACCUGUUUCCGAACGUCACGUGCAAUACAUGUUCACUCGUUGGAUAUUCAGGCCAUCUUCUCGGAAAGCAACAGGGCUCAACAAUAGACUCCUCGGACUGUGUCAUCCGACUUGGACGAGCACCCAGCAUUGGCUACGAUGCCGACGUCGGAAAGAAGUCUACUUUCCGAGUACUGGAUGCCACAACCCUUUACGACUUGCUGAAGAAACCAAGCCGACUCAUCGACGGACCAUUGGCGUCAAAACACAUCGUAGUCUUCGGGACGCCAGCUGCACAUUUACGCGGAGAUACUCCAAAUUCCAAUGCUGGUCUCGCAGUGAGACUUGGAAGGCUUCGCGGUCACGUGUCCGUCUUUUACUUGAAGAGGCGUGCAGAACACGACGCUGCUGACGCACUAGCUACGGCUGCAGCUAAGCUUGGGUACAAGUUAUCUGGAACGCAGCCUUCGGCGCUCUGGUACGCCAUCAAGAUCUCUAGUGACGUUGGGUGUGGCAGCCUUAAAGUAUAUGGAGUUCCGGAUCCGCGAUUUUGCAAAAGAAGCAAAGAGGAGACAUCGAGGUCACGCUUCUGGGAUUUUUCAUCAGCCGACCAGUGCACGGAUGGUUUGGAUGCAGGCUUUGUGCAAAACCCUGUUGAAGUUGAUUCCUCACAUCUUAGCCUCUCCGACCGCAAGGCACUCCGCGGAUGGCUUACUGAACAUUCGGCCCAUUUCUUUGCGCCACCGUGGCCACGAGGGAAAAAACAGUGACUGUUUUAGUAGAAAUUAGACAUCUUUGAGUCUAGGGAGGGAGUGGGGGCAGAAGGGAACAAACACCAACUGGAGACUCGAGCUUCCCCACUUUCUUCAGACACCAGGAUAUGUUGCCUGUGUCAAGGUCAUCCUAAUAUGCUCCAUCGUAGUAGAAAUGUUUCACGAGACAACUGACUGUAAGAACUGGAAUGUACCAAUGUGUGACACUCGGGGGACUGUUUGCAGGAGCAGUUCCUGCCUUGUUAGUCUAGUCUGUUGUGCCAUUUUCAAUACCUAAGUCCUCUUCACUUACUUUUCUAUGAAAGUCGUGUCAGUGCUUACUAGAGUCCAUGAGGAACACGGUACGUGAACAUAACGAACAUACAGAGUGAUUCGAGGAAUGUGUGUAAUGUUGAGAAAGAACGUGCUAUGCACAGCAUCUUUGAACAACAUGUUGCAGCAAUGUGCAAACUAUGUAAAACGUAAAUGUUGAUAACCUAGCAUUACUAGUGAUGUCACCACACUGGUUCGCAUGGUUCAACCAAAUUUCUAAUUUCCAGUCAAAUUUGCCAAGGUUCGCAGACUUGUCGUUUCUAAUCAAAAGUUAGGGACGUAAUUAUUGAGAGAGGUUUUGUAACUGACAAAAUUGAGUUUGAAGUUGAAUGUUAACAAAGCACAGCACACACAGGAAAAUUGAAAAGACGCUUGUUUGUGCGACGUCAUCAUCGCGUCGCACCACGAUAUCUCGCUAGUAUUUUCCACCACAAGUAUUUUCCAGGUUUUUCACCUGGCUAGAAGAAGCUGAAAUAAGCAUACUUUGACACUACUAAAAAAACUUAGUCAUAUUACAGAAAUAACAUCAGUACGUACAAGCUUUUCAAGUCCUUAACAAUGUGCUUCCAAAUUUGGGAAUGAGACAGACGCAUAUUUACGAUGCAGUCAAAUUUUGGCGAACUUUUUCAAAAUUCCCAAAUGAGAGUGCAAAAUUUUGCGAACUUGAACCUCGUUGGAGUUGCGACAUCACUAGGUACAAUGCCACAGUGUGAUAUCAAGGUGAUGCAACGAAGCAAUGCAAUGUAAAUAACAAACUAUACCCUGUCAAGGUUACCCUACUUAAUAGUUGUCAAUGUUUUACGGUAGAGCUGUGCGAAGAGCAACAUGUUCAAAUCAAAUCGAAUAUCUCCCAGACACUGCAAAUCGAAUUCGAAUAUUCCCAAAAAUCCUGAAUAUUUGAAUAUUUUGAAUAUCUCACUUUGGACAGUUUCAUAACUUUGUGCCCAUUAGGAGAACUGCUACUCCUAAUGGGUGAGCCCACAGCUUUUCAGUCAGGACAAAGUAUUAUAAAAAUUGAUCAAAAGCAGCAUUACAUCGCUGAGAUGUGCAUCCUAUAGUUCGUUUGCUGGAAAAACUAAACUUUGCAAGUUGUUCUGCAGAAAGGCUAUUUUUUGGUACAUGUUGUGGGCAGGUUGAAGCUCUCUGUGAAUGAACACUACUUCCUGUGAGGAACCGCUCACUUGACAAUGAAGGGCUGAUAGAGCCGAUUUCCAUAUUACAGUAAAUCUCGGUUAUAACAGCCCCACUUAUAACGAAUUUCUGGUUAUAAUGAACACAUCGCAAAUGACCGUCAAUAUUUAACCCAAUGUAAGGAGACUCCAUUUAUAAUGAACUUCUGGAUAUAACGAACAGUAUUCACUUGACCGUUGAGUUCAUUAUAAAUGAGAUCCACUGUAUCUUCGAAAUAUUCGAAAGCUGUGAAUACUCAAAGUUUCCUGAUACUACUAUCCAAAUAGCAUUACCUACUCGAUUUGAAUUCCAAGUUUUGAAUAUUAUUCGCGCAGCUCUAUUUUACUCAUAUGUUUGUGUAUGUGUUUAUACUAUGUGCAUUUCUUUUCUUUCGCACGAAGAUCAGAAGCCAUUAUUGAUUUUUGACAUGUACUACUUCUUAGUGGGGCUUUUUCGUGUCCUAUAGCUGAAUACAGGCACUGUGCGUGUGCAACAAGCAGUUACAGUUACCUGUUACAUACACAUAUUUAUGCUCGAGACUAUUACUACUUCCUGCUAUGCAAACUACAAAUUGUGUAACACUUUUUAUUUACAUCAACAUUAUGUGGGGAUUGAUUAAUGCGUAUUUUGUAUGUCUUUUGCACACAUUGAUGGAUGAACAGCUGUAAUGAGUCAUAUUCUUUACAGGUCACUUUAUUAUACACUUUCAAAAGCUAUCUGUACAGUUUCACCACGAAUGACAAGAACAUUUGGGGCAUGUCAUCAUAUAUGCACACUUCACCUGCUAACAUCCAUUUCAUAUGUAACAAACACACUUUGUGCAGGUAUGUGCUUCCAAACACAUGCACUCUGACAUCUCAACUCUCAUUUAUAAUUUCAUUGACUAGAUGAUUUCAAAUUUUGAUCCAUUAUUUUGUGGCCCCCAGCAAUAACUGUAGUUGACCAUUAUAGUCAUGUAUUUGUAUUUUCAAAUUUAAGGAGGCACAAACAUAUUUUCGGGGGAACAACCACUUCUGUACAGCAUUAGCGUAUUUUGUAAAACUUUACUUCGUUACUUUUAUAAAUAUUUGACUUAC